UCGCUGAGACCGAAACCCUUGCCCUACUUGCUCUUCUGAGUUCUGAAUUCAGAUCAUAACUGCCUGCCAUGAGAGGCCUUUUCUCCACCAGCAAGCUGUUUGGCAGCGCAAGGGCAUUGUAUGGAAGAAGCAAUCAAAGCGCGCAAUGGGGUCGUGCAUACAGCCUGGUCCCAAUGGUGAUUGAACACUCAUCCAGAGGAGAGAGAGCAUACGACAUCUUCUCGCGUCUUCUCAAAGAGCGGAUUGUCUGCAUUAACGGACCCAUUUCCGACGAUACCGCCCACGUCGUCGUUGCUCAGCUUCUAUUCCUUGAGUCUGAGAACCCGUCCAAGCCCAUCCACAUGUACCUCAAUUCCCCCGGUGGUGCUGUCACUGCAGGCCUUGCCAUAUAUGAUACUAUGCAGUACAUUCGGUCGCCGAUCAACACAAUCUGCUUGGGCCAAGCUGCAUCUAUGGCUUCUCUCCUAUUAGCUGCAGGUGCCAAGGGUGAGAGGCGGUCUCUUCCAAAUGCUACAAUCAUGAUUCAUCAACCUUCAGGUGGUUAUAGUGGGCAGGCAAAGGAUAUCACAAUCCAUACAAAGCAAAUUGUUCGGGUUUGGGAUUCAUUGAAUGCAUUGUACACAAAACAUACAGGACAACCAUUAGAGAUUAUUCAAAAAAAUAUGGAUAGAGAUUGUUUCAUGACUCCAGAAGAGGCAAAGGAGUUUGGGCUUAUUGAUGAGGUUAUUGAUCAAAGACCAAUGGCUUUGGUGACUGAUGCUGUUGGUAAUGAGAGCAAAGAUAAAAGUUUGAAUUAGAACUGGCAGGGCUUUACUUUCAUUGCUAAUAAACCCUAUACAGCUUUUCAGGGAGCAUGAUUGGAGUUCUAAUUUCACAGUCACUGUAAUUGUAACUCUUUUACGUAUGUGAUACAUUCUGAAAUUUCGUUUGUUCUCAUGUUAGGUCUUUGUCUAUAUGUCAAUUUGUUUGUCUACAUACUAGUUUCUUAAUCUAGUUUAUGAAUCGUUAAAAUGUUAACUUGGUGGCAACACAAGAUUACUAAUAAUAUAGAUUUUGUCAGUUAGCUGAUUUUCAA